ACUUCAACGGCGGGAAAGCUUUCAAGACAGCAGUUUUUCAGGAGAAUGUCUCCUUUCUUUUGCUGGCUCCUUCUCUAUUUUUGCCAUCUCUGUAACCUGAGAGAGACAGAGAUCAUCUUCUUGUCACCUCCAUUCUUUUUUCCCUGGCUGUUUCAUCUUUAUUUCUUCUGUAAGGUUUCUCUCUUCUCUUCUUUUUAGGUUUUGCAAUACCUUAUAGCACAAGGAAAUAAAAAACCUCAAGAUUCUCGUCUUUUAUGUGCGUUUGUAUCCAACAGAGGAAACGAUUAGGAAGAAUUUUGAUUCUGUGUAACGUAAUGAGUUUCCGGAAACAACAAUCUUGCAACUUUUUAUCUCAUAUGAAACUUUUUUUUUUUUGGUGAUCUUCUCAUAUGAAACUUUCAAGAUUGAAACAUGCACCAGAGAAUAACGUUAAAAUUCUUUUGGCUUAAGAUGGUGUUUUUUUUGUUCCUCUGUUCUUUCUCAGGUGAUUUGGUAAUGAUGGCAUUGCUAUUUGAUAGGAUUUCUCAUUUGAGAUAAUUGAUUUUCUUGAUAAGAGUGGGAAAGUUUUUUGCCAACAAUGGGGAGCAAGAUGAAGGAAGACGAGCGAACUGAAAAGGCUAUCAGGAGUUUGCUGAAGCUUCCCGAGAAUCGAAGAUGCAUCAACUGCAACAGUCUGGGUCCACAAUAUGUCUGCUCAACGUUCUGGACUUUUGUCUGCAUCAACUGCAGCGGAAUCCAUCGAGAGUUUACACAUCGUGUGAAAUCUAUAUCAAUGGCCAAGUUCACGGCAGAAGAAGUUAGUGCACUUCGUGCAGGAGGAAACGAGCGAGCCAGGCAAAUUUAUUUUAAAGAAUGGGAUACUCAGCGUGAUGCUUACCCUGAUGCCAGUAACAUUUUCAAGCUCAGAGACUUUAUCAGAAGUGUCUAUGUGGAUAAAAGAUACAGUAGUGAGAGCAAUGACAAGAUCUCACAGCAAAAACCGGCUGUGACUGAUGAUUACAAGGAAAGCAAGAAGGCCAGUGCAAACUUCUUGGGAUCUAGAAGCUUUCACUCUGUUGAUAAACUUGAAAUAAAGAGUGGAAACAGAUCUCUUAAGUAUUAUUUUGAAGGCAAGGAACCUAAACAACAACAACAACAACUUGUUACACAUAACCCAAAGUCUAGAGCCUUACCAAAGAGUCCUAUCCGCUUUGAGAUUGUUGACGAUAGGUACAGAGACGAUGGAAGUGUUAAGAGAUACGAUGCGCGUAGAGAGCCAAGAGGAAGCUCCAAAUCACUAGACCUCUCUAACAACAAGGAAACUUCCGGUUUGCCCAUUGUACGCCAUGCCAGUGAGCUCAUAGGCGAGAAUCAUCCUCGUUUGCGCGUUGAAAAAAUUGUCAAAGUUGAAAAAAAGAAGGAUCCAAUGAGCAAUCAGUUGGCUGCAUCAUCUAGUAAAAUGGAGAGUCCUGGAAGUUUAAUUGAUGAUGUACCUUCUCAAAAGGCCAUUGAGGGUCCAGCUCCUAACUCUUUGGAAGCUUUGUUGUUUGGAUACUCUGAUCCUUCUGAGGACAAUCAUCCUGCAGCUAACCCUGAGACCCAACAGGUGCCAAGAACACAAGACAGUGUUACUUCUUUUGUCACAGCACCUACAAUCUCGCACGCCGGUUCUUUAGAGCUAGCUCUUCUACCUGAUGCUGGUGAUAACUUACGUACAAAAGAUAUGGUUACAACAAGUGCAGCUGAAAAUAACCAGGUGGAUUCAUCUACACCACAUAAGGAACCAUCAGGAACCUCUACGGAACAGUCAACACUAGCUAUCACAAAUUAUGCUUAUGGAGAUCAUCAAGAAGAGACAAAAUCAAACGUAAGAAGUGCACUUCCUGAGGACCUUUUCUCUGGAGGCUUCUCAUUUGCCUCCCCUCAAGUUCAUGCUCAACAUCAUGGCAUGGGAUAUGGCAUGCAAUAUUAUCAAUAUCCUGUGGCUACUGGAGCCUUUCCAUACACGGCAAAACCAUCAUCAAAUCCCUUUGAUGUCAGUUAUGAUGAUACAUGUCCAAACCAAACACCACAAUAUCCUUCAAUGGAAUACACACAAGGAGGAGGCUUGCCUAUUGUGUCAGUUCCAAGAGGUGCUUCGGAUUCAUCAAGCAUGGCUGCAGAUUCGUUUGGACUAAUGAUGGCCUCUCAGUCUCCUUUUUACGCACCAGCUUUGUCUCCAACUUCUCCAUCUCUUGCAUCCAAUCUUCUCCCUGGUGCAUACGCAGGGCAGCAACCACAUGUAAACAUGCCCCCAUCUUUCAGAAGGCAAGAGAUGAAUAGCAUGGGUAAUGCAGAAGCUACUUACAACGGUGCACACUCAUAUCAUCAAGCAAACUUUAAUGGAUAUCCUUCUGCAAACCCAAAUGCUUAUGUUUCUAGAGGAAAUCCCUUUGACUGAGAAAGCGUAACGUCUGAGUUGAUUGGGAGCAUUUUAAUGGAAACUGAAUGAGAUAUAUAACCGUUACGAUUUGACUCACAAAAGCUUGAAUGCUACAAUACUCUUUCAAAACUAUCCGUUAAUUGCUUAUUGGUAAAAUUUAUAUUUAAUGUGGGAAAUUUUUUACUUGUAAUCGUUCAAAAGAUUAUAUAUAUACAGUAUUAUGUAAUUUAUCGAUAAAACUUGUUCCAAUGCUCAUAAUAAUUUAUAACCAUUAAACUAAGAUAACUAAAUAUCACAAAUUCAUAAGAACAAUAUUUUGAUAUAUAGAUUAUAUAAUUAGUAAACGUAAUUUUUGUUGGUUAUGUUGCAUAUAUAUUUUUUUUGUAAAUAAAAAUAAUAAUUUUGAUAGAACCAAGAGAAAUUGCAUGGAACACCAAAAAAAAUCCAAAAUUCACUCGCUAACCAAAAUAACAGUCUUUCACCUC